AUGACUUCGAUUGGAACUGGUUAUGAUCUUUCAGUGUCCACUUAUUCACCUGACGGUCGCGUUUUUCAGGUAGAAUAUGCUGCAAAAGCUGUGGAUAAUAGCGGAACUGCGAUUGGCUUACGGGUCAAAGACGGCGUUGUCUUGGCUGUUGAAAAACUUGUACAAUCAAAAUUGCUAGUUCCACGAUCAAACCGCCGUAUUCAAACUGUCGAUACUCACAUCGGCGUGACAAUCGCAGACAGGGUAGGUCAUUAUGCACAGGCCUACACGUUAUAUUCAAACGUUCGGCCAUUUGGUAGCAGUGCUAUUAUCGGUACUGUUGAUAAAGAAGGCCCACAACUUUUUAUGGUUGAACCAUCUGGUGUAUACUGGGGUUACCACGGGUGUGCGAUCGGUAAGGGAAAACAGGUAGCGAAAACGGAAAUUGAAAAGCUUAAACUUGCAGAGAUGUCCGUUUUGGAUGCUGUUAAAGAAGCUGCGCGGAUUAUUUAUACUGUUCACGAUGAAGCCAAAGAUAAGGAGUUUGAAUUAGAAUUGAGCUGGAUAACUGAGGAAAAUAGGCGACAUCAAUUUGUACCUGAUGAUAUUGCAACGGAGGCGGAAAGAUUGGCAAAGGAAUCACUCAAUGAGGAAAUGGAAGACGAUUAA